AUGGAUAUGUAUAGAAUCAUCAAGAAGAAGCUCGAUGAAGAUCCAGCCCCUCCACUCGAGUCAUCCAAUGACUGGCCAGAGUGGAAAGAUUAUGUCAAGGGUUUGAUGGACCUAUUCAACGUCUGGGAAUACUGCGACCCAUCUGUUCGAAGCUGUGAUAUUCCAGAAUUGAAAGAGCCAAUCAAGCCAGAGAUCACCUCAGUGAAACUAUCCGCAAAAUCGAUAGUUGAUCUCGAACCUGAACACUUUGCGGAACUCGUAUCUCUCACCUCAAAAUACAAAGCGGAGAAGGAAAUAUUUGACCAGAAGAUGCUUGCUCUUGACCAACUCGCUCUGCUCGUGUUCUGCCUCGUACCGCUGAAAUUACAAGCUCUUCUGGAUUACCACAGUAUACAAAGCCUUCGCACCUCUGAAACCGCAUGGAAAGAGUUGACCACGCUCUCUGAUAUUAUGGAGCCAGUCUCUCAGAGAACCCUCGACAGGCUUCAAGAUGAAUGGAGGACUGGCUUUGAUACAGCAAAUGAUGAAGAUUGCGGUACUGAGCUUUUCGCAAAUUCCGAAAAUUGUGAUCGUCGCUUUCUCUUCUGUUGCAACUUCCUCGAAAAAUGCCAGUAUAUGAAAUUGGUAAAGCAAGAUAUUGACCCAGAGAUUAUAUUCUUUGAAAUGGGAUGUCUUAGCUGGAUGAGUUUGAGUCAUCAGUCCUGGUUUAAGAUGCCUGGUUUUUCCGAUCCGAUGCCAAACGCAGCACCAAGUGAAGUGAGCGAAGGAGGUUCAGUAUAUGACUCAGAGAACAGCAACGAGGAUGGAGAGGCUAGUGAAGGAAUUGAAAUUUAUGAGGGAUGCCCUCAGAAGAGUCCGGGACGGGAGGUUGUCUAA